CCUGAGGGCCUUCUCCGUCGCAUAGUCACAGGGGCCGCCAUUUUGGCUUCCCACUGCCUCAGGGGCGCGCCGGUGCCGAAGUAAAUAAGGAGGCGGCAACGUCAAGGAGGGGAGCGGACAGCGAGAGCCUCGGUCGGGUGGCGGUUAGUCGGGGAACUGGUAGAGCGGUGAGGAGUUCUGUCAGUACGGAUGAGGAGGCGGCACAGGCUCGGCCCGGUCCGGCCUCAGGAGGUCGCAGAAUGAAACGAGGAGGAAGAAAAAAUAACAAAGCUAGCCACCAGUUAUCAGAUGAGGAGAAUACAAUUGAUGGCAAGAAAAUGAAAAUUCCAGAUGAAGAAUCAAUCAGAGAUAUUCAGAGAGCUGACUGGGGGAACCUUAUCCCAGAGAUUGUUCUGCACAUAUUCCAGCAUUUGCCCCUUCUUGAUCGUGCUCAUGCAUCACAGGUUUGCCGUAGAUGGAAUCAAGUGUUUCACAUGCCAGAACUGUGGAGAUGUUUUGAGUUUGAACUGAAUCAGCCUGCUACAUCUUACUUAAAGGCUACUCAUCCAGAGCUCAUCAAGCAAAUUAUCAAAAGGCAUUCCAAUCAUCUACAGUAUGUCAGUUUCAAGGUGGACAGCAGCAAGGAAUCAGCUGAAGCAGCCUGUGAUAUCUUAUCACAGCUUGUGAAUUGUUCAUUAAAAACACUAGGACUAAUUUCAACAGCUCGACCAAGCUUCAUGGAUUUACCAAAGUCACACUUCAUUUCUGCACUGACUGUGGUAUUUGUAAACUCCAAGUCGCUUUCUUCACUUAAGAUAGAUGAUACACCAGUAGAUGACCCAUCUCUAAAGGUACUGGUGGCUAAUAACAGUGACACCCUGAAACUGUUAAAGAUGAGCAGCUGCCCCCAUGUUUCGCCAGCAGGUAUCCUCUGUGUAGCUGAUCAGUGCCAUGGUUUACGCGAGCUGGCACUGAACUACCAUCUGCUAAGUGAUGACCUCCUCCUUGCUUUGUCUUCUGAAAAACAUGUGAGAUUGGAACAUUUGCGCAUUGAUGUAGUCAGUGAGAAUCCGGGACAGACACACUUCCACACAAUCGAGAAGAGCAGCUGGGAUGCCUUUAUCAAACAUUCUCCCAAAGUGAACUUAGUAAUGUAUUUUUUCUUAUAUGAAGAGGAGUUUGAUCCGUUCUUUCGUUACGAAACCCCUGUCACUCAUCUUUAUUUUGGGAGGUCAGUCAGCAAAGAAGUACUUGGCCGGGUUGGAAUGUCAUGCCCUCGCCUAGUUGAAUUGGUGGUGUGUGCCAAUGGAUUACGACCCCUGGAUGAAGAAUUGAUUUGCAUUGCAGAGCAUUGUAAAAAUCUCUCUGCUGUUGGCCUUGGGGAAUGUGAAGUCUCCUGCAGUGCCUUUGUUGAAUUUGUGAAGAUGUGCGGUGGCCGCUUAUCUCAGCUGUCUAUCAUGGAAGAAGUUCUGAUUCCUGACCAGAAGUACAGUUUGGAGCAGAUUCAUUGGGAAGUGUCAAAACACCUUGGUAGAGUUUGGUUUCCAGACAUGAUGCCUACAUGGUAGAGUCUCUCGAGAAGGCAGGGCUUGUGGAACAGGACCUCCUGUUUUGGGCAUACCAGACAGCAGUUUAAUAUACAAGCUAUUUGUGUCCUAGAAAAUCUAUGUAGUACUUAGUGCUGGUUUCUAAAAUCAAAAUUCAUCAGGGGAAUUCUGAAGCACUUGUCUGUAUAAAGCUUUUUGUAGUUUGCUCUUUUUUCACUGAGACGAAUCCUAAAUAUAUAUACAAAAUGAAAUGUGUUCACUUAUUCAUAUAAGUUCCAUAUUUUAUAACUGGUUUAAAUCUGGCACUUCGUUUACGUACCAUGAUUGAUGAGACUGAUUGAAAUUCAGUUUUCAAAGUGUGGCUGAACACUUCUGUAAUUUACUUCUGGAAACACUAAAUGUGCAUGAGUUGUAGAACAAUCAACAGGUUAGACUGUAAAUAUUCUGUAGGCUGUUCAGUGUUUUGAUAAUAAAAUCAUGAAGAGCCAUACAUCAUUGUAGUUCAACAUAUUUGUAUAUAGGAAAUGUGUUUCAUCUAUGGCUUAUUAAAUUGCUCUAGAUAAUGUAGUUGUGUCUAAAUUACUAGCCUCAACAUUCCUUUUGCUUUUAUGCAGUUUUUAAAAUGGAAAUUUGAAUGUUGUGAAAUGUUAAUAUGCAUAUAUAAACCCAUUUUAAGGUAUUACUAAAACUCAGGUAGCUAAAGUAUUCUAGUAAAAGUAUGUUGCAUUUUGGUGAUUUUCUUGGACAAGUGUAUUUUUAAUACUUGUUUUGUAGCAUUGCUCUGAUUAAUGUUGCAUAUGUGUAGCAGUAAAUGAAGGCAAACUUUUGUACAGAAAAAUUAAAAAUAUGAAAUGGUUUUUAGUGGAAAGGAAAAGGCAAUGAUUGCAUGAAUUCUUUGGCUACUUAUAGCAGCAGGUGACAAGUAAGAUGUGGGAAGCUGCUGUUGUUAUGCUUAAGCAUCUUAUGUUCGUCCUAUUUGGUGAUGAGAGUUCUUAGGAUGGCAAGGUGCUUAUGUUUCUGCAGGUGGCCUGGGAGUAGUUGCUUGAUGUUGCAAGAAGAAAGAAGCUGCUGAAAAGCCCAUUUGUAUAUGGAGAAAACCAUCCCAAAUCUAGGAAACAGGAAUAGUCAUGUUGGUCAUGUAGCAAAAUACAACAAAAUUGACUCAACAGUGCGAGUCUUAAGGUAACCUUUGACAAGAGGGAGGUAAUGUACUGUGAUGUAACUCUUAAAUUCUUUUACUCCAAAAAACUCAAAGAGGCAAUAACAUUUCAAAUCCGAUAGCAACAGCAAAGAAACAUACAGUGAGAUUGUGGCCGUUUUUGUCAUGUGCAGGGAUAAAACCCCCUUUUCUUAGGCAAAGAACAUUUAAUUUCUCAAGAAGCCUCUGUACAGUUACAUCUUGCAAAACUUUCAUGUGGACUACAAUCAGCAAGUUUUACCUUACAGUACCUCAUUUUCUUUUGCAAGAUAUAACAGUACAGAGGCUUAAAAUAACAAUAUUUUCCAGAAGUAUUCUUGAAUCAAGUGGGGCAGCUGGUUCUUUACAUAUUUGUGUGGGUAGAUUCUUAACAUAACAAUAGCAUUCUCUAAGAUCUUAUAAAUGGAUCAUGAUGCAAUUUGGAGCUUUUACAAGAAAAAUAAAUAACCAUGUGAAUAUUGGGGAGUAGGACUCUCUUCUAGCUAGAAAGUGUCCCUAUUUUUAAACUUCUGUGCACCAAAUGUACUGGUAAGAACAAUUUAUUCAAGUGCCAGUGUAUUAUUUUGAGGAAACCUUGCUCAAAGACCUAAACAUCUGAUUAUAAACAUAGCAUGUUUAGUUUUGUUUUGAUAAAACCUUGUGAUUGAAAUUUAAGCAGAUUUGUUUUGAGUUUGUUUGUUGUAGCACUGUAAUGUUCGUUUGAUUUGCACAUGUGCUCAGCGUGCCUGCAGUUUUAAGGAGAAACACUACUGUACAUUAAGUUUUGUGGUGGCUACAGAGUCAUUAAGUCCUGUUAAUUCCAUGACUUUAUAUGUUUUUAAAUAAAUACUAAUGUCAUAGUUGA